AUGCCGGGCCCUCAAGGCGCCCCGAGCAUGCAAGGCAGUGGCGGCGGGUUCUACGGCAACCGUGGCCGUGGUGGUAAUAAUGCCGCUCGAGGUAACAACCGUCGACGACGUUCUAACAAUCAGCAAGGAGCCAAGUACACCCAGGCCAACGGGUUUCAGGAAGAUGCUGAAUUUCAGCCAAAGCUUCCAAGCGAUACCGCCCCCGCCUUUCGCUUUGUCGAAAGACGAGGCCGGAGGAAUAGGGGUGGUGCUGGGAACGCUGGACCUGGAGGACAGCAGAACCACCAUCACGGUGGCCAAGGAGGUGGACGUCAGCAUACUAAGGAUCCAUCGAAGCCUAAAGCCACCUCACACCCACAGCCGGCUCCCAAAACGGCUCCCAAAACUAUUUCUGGCUCGCCCAAUACACUCCAGGAAAAUAUUACCCCGAAGACUCUUCGCAUCGUCUCUGCUUCCUCUAAGCUAGAUAUCUCUGACGAGUCACCCGAGGCCGACACUGUUUUCUCCGGUAACUCCCUUGUCGAAAAGACCCUGUCUCAACAAACUAGAUCCACACCACCGACUCUUCCAGAGCCGGUUGAGGCCAGAAGCAAACCCCAGCUUGAGGCUGGUCAAGACACGGUUACUGAGGAUUUUAGCAGUGUCGACGAGGAGGAAGGAGGAGUCCCAGUCUCUUGGGUGAUGGCUUCUGAUGCUCAAUCCGAGACACCGGUUGCCACUUCAGCCGACAAUACUACAACCGAGGAGCCAAAGAAGAUCUCUAUCCGCGAAUUGCUCGACACCAGCGAUAUCAUCGAACCAAUGACCAUGUCCAAGCCCCCAUUUCUUCCCACUAUCUUGAUUGAGCCAUCUACCCCGGCCAAUAACCAACCGUCUGGCAUCUUCUCUUCACCACUCACCAUCACGAAGACGCCGUUCAAUCCCAAUAACCCCCAAAACACAAUUCAGGAACCAACUCCAGCUGAACGCUUCCUCAAGUUAUCAGACGUCACAUCCCGAUACCUGACCGAGCGUCUCAGCGAUAUAAACUAUAGCCCCGAUUUGUCUCGUCGUCUUAAGUCAGACUUUGAGGUAAUCGAAUCCACUUACAACGCCAUCCCGUUCGAACGUGCCCUCAAUCCCUACCGUGUCAUCUGGCAUGCACUCAUUGGUCUUAAAAAAGCGAUUGAACUCCGUAAUAACGAUGCCAAGAUCGUUGGGGCGUUGAAGAAAAUGUCGCAGACUUAUGAUACCGUCCGCCAUCAAGCACUUCAUGAACGUCGUUUUGAUGGCGAUCAGCAGUUUGACUUUGAUACUAGAAAUGCUACGGCUCCUGCAGUUACCACAGCUGUUAAUGUAAAAUCGGAUAUAAAGAACAACGACGCCCAGGCCAUUGCUAAAUCCGGGGAAACCCUGAUGGACACCUUGAAGUGGAAUAUCCGAGGUGGAGAUACGAAUGUUAGGCUGUAUGAGGGAAAUGGCAACGCCGGACACGCUAUAAUGGGGUUUCGAAAUCCUGGAUUCGGAACUCCAAACUAUGGAAAUACGGGAUUUGGCCCUACCGUUGGCAUCGGGGCCACGAGUUUUGGGAACUCCGGAUACGGCAUCCCCCCUAUGAAUGGCUUUGGGAUCACUCCUGGCUAUGGCCAGACCGGCUUCGCCACCACUCCCCGUCCUAGCACUUCUGGUUACGGUAAUGUUAGCUUCAGCACUGUCGGCUUCAACCCUGCUGCCGUCGAUACCACCGGCUUUGGAACUCCAGGCUUCAGACCUCCAGCAUUUGCGAGGACUGCUUCUGCUACACCGUGGGGUGUUAGAGUUCAUGACAACAACUUUUCGACUCCAAGGAAGCCUAGUGUUCCUCCCCAACAUGGUAUUAUCGGAAGUCAUUUGAAAUGA